GUGGACGUGUAGAGUAUACACGACGCCAAAUAUCUCACUUUCUAAUCCUUAUAAUCGCAUUUAAAUUUGUUAACAAGCACCCAUCUCUGUUCAUCUUUCUCCCAUUAAUUCUCUCUCCUCUCUGCAUCAUUCAUUAUCUCUCUCUAAAACUGGCGGCAGAAAAGCUUAAGUAGAUCGAGUGAGAAAACAACAAUGGAGGUUUUCUACAUUCUUGUGUUUGGUGCACUAGCUGCUGUGGUUGCAGCAUUAGAGCUAACCAAAACUAGCAAAGAUCGCAUCAAUACUUCAUCUGCUUUCAAUUCUUUCAAGAACAAUUAUGUCCUUGUUUACUCUCUCAUGAUGGCUGGGGAUUGGCUACAAGGCCCAUAUGUGUAUUACCUUUACACUACCUAUGGUUUUAGCAAGGGAGAAAUUGGGCAGCUGUUUAUUGCCGGGUUCGGAUCCUCCAUGUUGUUCGGGACGAUUGUCGGAUCCCUUGCUGAUAAACAGGGUCGUAAGAGGGCAUGUGUCACUUACUGUCUUACCUAUAUCAUGAGCUGCAUCACCAAGCACUCCCCACAAUACAAAAUUUUGAUGGUGGGGCGUAUUUUGGGUGGCAUUGCCACGUCUCUUCUGUUUUCGGCCUUUGAGUCAUGGCUUGUUGCAGAGCACAAUAAGAAAGGAUUUGAACAGCAAUGGCUAUCUGUGACUUUCUCCAAGGCCAUUUUCCUUGGCAAUGGUCUAGUUGCCAUUGUGGCUGGAUUGUUGGGGAAUCUGCUUGUUGAUACUUUCGGGUUUGGUGCUGUUGCUCCAUUUGAUGCUGCUUCCUGCUUUCUUGCAAUUGGUAUGGUAAUCAUAGUAACUUCGUGGGGUGAAAACUUUGGGGAUAAUUCGGACAAUAAAGAUUUGCUUACACAGUUCAGGAAUGCUGCCGUCGCUAUUGCUUCUGAUGAGAAAAUUGCUCUGCUAGGAGCCAUACAGUCCUUGUUUGAAGGUUCCAUGUAUACGUUUGUGUUUCUAUGGACUCCUGCUUUGAGCCCAAAUGAUGAAGAAAUUCCUCAUGGUUUCAUCUUUGCAACAUUCAUGUUGGCCUCAAUGUUGGGAAGUUCCUUCGCUUCGCGACUGCUGGCCCGUUCCGCAAAAGUUGAGAGCUAUAUGCAGAUUGUCUUUACCAUCUCUUCGGCCUCGCUCAUGCUCCCAAUUGUGACCAGUUUCCUGGUGCCGGCAUCCAAGGUAAAGGGUGGAGGUAUCACAUUUGCCGGAUGUAUUCAGCUCCUUGGUUUCUGUGUAUUCGAGGCUUGUGUGGGGAUCUUCUGGCCAUCAAUCAUGAAAAUGAGGUCACAGUACAUUCCUGAAGAGGCACGAAGUACAAUCAUGAACUUCUUCCGCAUACCUCUGAAUAUCUUCGUAUGCAUUGUUCUGUACAACGUUGAGGCAUUCCCCAUAACAGUCAUGUUUGGCAUGUGUUCCAUAUUCCUCUUUGUGGCAUCCUUAUUGCAGAGGCGGCUUUUGGGCAUUGCUGAAAGUCAAAGACCUAAGCCGCAAGAAUGGACAGCAAUGAAGGAGAGGGAUCCAGAAGAUGAGCCACUAAAUGCUUGAUUUAUGGGUAGUUAUGAAGUUUGGGCUUAUAUACACUAGUGAUUCGACGUUCAGAGUAUUAUUUGUUACAAAUAAGAUUAUCUUAUACGGAUUAUUUCUUCAAAGAUGACUAUGAGUUGGGAAUUACUUGAUGGUCGUCAUGGCAGCUUACUGGUUGCUGCAGACAACGCAGAAACUUUCCCUUACUGCUGCUAGUGCUGCGUUCUCAUCACAGAUAUAGCCGGCACAGCUGAUAACUGGGGCAUGGAUCUCAUCUUUUUUUUGAGUAGCUUUAAAUAUUUGAGUAUGUUGAAUUAGGAUGAAAUUUCAGCUAGUAGUUCUCCUAUUCUUCAUUAAUAUUUUUCAUAUUAUUUUCCUAGUAGCUAGAUGGAAGCACAAAAUGUUGAUGAAACCCUUCAUAGAUCUCAUUAUCUGACUAUGCCUCCAUGAUUCAUACUUUCUUACAGUUGAUAUAUACAAAGCAUUUCAUUUUGAGUUUUAA